UUGUUCGCCAUUUGUUGUUGCAUUUCGGUCAGGUUUUUGAAGUACGCAAAGAAGUGGCAAGAACAAAAGACGUAGAAAAUUUUAAAGAGGCAAACGAAUGCUAUUUUUAAUAUUUGGUCUGCUUUGAAUACUAUAAAUUUGGAUACAAAGAAGUACGGAAAAUAAUAUUUGGAAAAAUCAUUGCAGCGCAGUUAAAGUUUUCAUAAAAACUGACAUUUGCACCAUUUGGAAAGCCGAAAAAUAAAUAAUAUUUGUGUGUGGGCUAGUGCUAUCAAAAUGUUUCAUAAUAAAUAUUUCACUUUGACUUUGGUGCUGAGUAUUUGCAGCGCUCUAGUUUGUGCCGCCCAAUUCGAUGUGAGUCUGGACAAUGCAAAAUUACCUGCUGAUGGAGCAGCAUCAGUAGCACCAGUUGUUGCAAAGGAUGAAGGUGUAGAAAAACCGAAAUCUACCACGCCAACCACGACGUCCAGCACAAGUUCGACAACCACUACAACUUCAACAACUACUACACCAGCACCUACAACAGCAGCGCCGACCACCACUACAGUGGCACCAACUACACCGGCUGCACCCAACACCACUACUGUAGCGCCAAUAACAACAACACCUGCGCCAGCGCCAUUCCCAGCACCAGAGAUUGGCAUGUGGAACUCCAGCUGUAUUAUUAUGCACUUUGCUGCACAGUUGAAUGUUACCUAUGAGACCAAAGACAACAAAACUGCUUCCCGCUUAUACAAUAUCCCCAAGGAUGCCAAGGUCGAAGACUCCAAUUGCGCCAACAUUUCACAAACGAUUCAUAUUACUUGGGGACCUGUUGAAGCCGUACACUCUAUGGUACUACAAUUCGAUAUGGUUAACAAGACUAGCGAGUUGAAACAGAUCUACAUUACUUUACCACUCACCAGUGAUCACUUCCCUGAUGCUAAGGAUAACGAGACUAUCCAACUGAUCCAUACUGGUGAUGAGUUCGUUACCCCGGUACAAAUGUCUUACCAUUGCACACGUGCACAAAAAUUCAACAUGACUGAGGUAAUGCAAGAUAGCAAAGUGAUUGGCACCAUUACGCUGAGCAAUGUACAAACCGAGGCAUUCAUCACGGAUCAUCGUAACACCUUCUCUACAGCCAUGGAUUGUGAUGGGCCGAAAACAAUGGAUAUUGUACCCAUUGCUGUCGGCAUUGCCAUGGCCGCACUCAUACUAAUCGUAUUGAUUUCGUACUUGUGUGCGCGCCGUCGUUCCACAUCGCGUGGCUACAUGAGCUUCUAAGCGAUUAGCAUGUUGCUUGUUUGGCGUUAGUGACAGUAAUUAUAUAUGUAGGCAUAGGCGGUCGUAGAUUUUGUGGGGGCAUGCUGGGUGGUYAUUUUUUGUAUAGGGUUAUACUGCGAAAAAAAUUUCUUUUAAUUCGAGCAGGAAAAAAUUAUAGCGUUUUUCAUAUUUUUUUAUUUUUGUUUGAGAGAGAGAAUGAGCAAAAAGAUUGAAUUGCCGAGUUUUGAUUUACUUUGUCACGUAACAUACAAAAAAGGAAAGAAUAUGCAAAAUAACAACUAAAAACAGCAAAAUAAUAGAAAAAGAAACACAGCAGGCAAUUAAGAUAUUCAUUCAAUAACAAAAAACAGUAAAAACGAGCGUAAUACAAACAAGUAAAUGCACUGCAAUUAGCAAUUUUAACCCAACAGACUUUUAAUAAACACUAAGUACAGUUAUAAUUCUAUAGCAAACAGGGUGCAGUUACAAAAAAUAUUAAAAUAUAAUAGGCGGACCAUUCUGUCCAGCAAAUAAGUACUUUAGUUUUGCACGCCCAAUACUGUAGUGCAGAAAUUUUUUUUUUCAGAUUUUAUUUUUUUAAACGGUUAUAUGUUUUUCUUUUAUUAUUUUAUAGCUCUUACUCAAAACGAUUUAGUGCGCAUAUGCAAAAUAUAUUAAUUAGUAACAUUAUAUACAAGUAUGAAACGAAUUCUUUUGUUUAGUAAGUUUGUCGUGAACUWGCGAGACGUGACUUCUAAAAACGCCUUCCUUUCUACAUACAAAAAUGUUUUGUUCUUUUAUAAA